UACCGGUGGGUUUUAUUUUCGUCUGCGCGAUCGAUUUUCGAUGAUCGUACAAAAUAAACACAUGACACGUACGUAUCGCUUGUGCAUUGUCCAAGAAAUCAUCAAUCUCUUCACCAGUUGACUGUCAUCCGUUCCAGCAAUCAGUCUACGAACCGUUAAAGAGUAUCUUGCAAAGAUCAUUGUGUUCUUGUUGUUGAAGAUAAGGGCGAUCUUUGACUGCCAGUUUUUGAGAGGAGAGCAGAGGUUUUGAUCGAAAUGGACACCAGGGUUCUUCUCCUUGUUGCGCUGGCAGCGUUCAUCUCCACAGCCGGUGCCCCACCCACAGGAACACCAGACACAGUUGGACCAGACGAUGUUACAACUAAAACUGCAGUGACAGAAGGACCUGCCAUCGUAACCACACAAGGUGCAGUUACAACUAAACCACCAACAACACCAGCAGGGAAAACUUCGCCAACACCAAAUCCAACAACAGCGCCGACAUUAGCACCAACAGAAGCAACAGAGACAAAGCAGCCCGCCACCCUAGCCCCCACAGCAGGCAAAGCCACAAAAACACCCUCAACAGACUCAGGCCCCACCAAGCCCGUGGGUCCGACGGUGAAACCGACACCGGCACCCUCCAAGGGGGGCUUCGACGCAGCCAGUUUCAUCGGCGGAAUCGUUCUCGGCAUUGCGAUUGUUCUGAUCAUUGGGUUUGGCUACAGCUUCUACAAGACGCGACGGGAUAAAAAUUACCACACACUAUAAACAGUCCGAACUUGUGUGAUUAAAGUUGGUGGCAUUGUGGAUCAUUCCUGUUUUGGGGAAGUGGAGGACGGUUCAUACUCGGCGCAAAUGCAAAUACGAAUUGUAACGUUACAGCAAUUCGCAAAAGUUGAACACAUUUCAACUGGCGACUUUCGCUGCAAAUGUUUUAUGACGUCGAUUUUCUUCGCAUUUGCGUGUAGUAUGAACCGGCUUCAUGGCAGGGGGUUUGAAAAAUAUUGCUUAAAAAUGAGUGAGCUUUAGUACUUGUCUAUACAUGUACGUGCAAAGUCAUAUUUGUGGGGUUUAAAACAGAGAAGGUAUUAAGUGAACGGAGAAAUGCUGAACAGAAAUUUCGGAAUUUUGUUGGAGAACUUGAUGAAACUAGUCAUACAUGUAGGCCGCUUCCGAAUGACGUGGCUAUGGCUUAAAAGUACACAGUUAUGGAAACGUAGCCGAAGCCGUUCCCAAGUCAUUUGGACUUGACCUGGUCGAGAUUUUGUGAGUCGCCACGUUUGAUUGCAUUGCAAUGGUCACAUGUGUAACCUGCCUAGUUGCCUAGCAACAGACUAUUCCAACAUGGCAUCUUGCAAAAGCUCUCAAAAAAGUUGGGAAUAUUUCUGGCUGGUUGAAGUGCUUGUUAAGAGUUACAUGUGUGAUAAAUUUAUGUUGUUUGUUUUGCUGGAGUUGUUAAUUUCAUAGAAGCAUAGACAUUUUUAUUUAUAUGUGUGUUGAUUUUGAAUUUUUAAAGUUAUCAAUAGCAAAAUAUAUGACAUAAUAUGUUACUUAUUGGAGUUUUAAUGAUUUAGAAAGUAUUAUAAAAGGAUAUUAAUAAUAGUUUCGAUUUAUGUGAUUUAACUUUUUGGGGUUUUUUUCAACGGUCACUGGGAUAUUUGACAGGUUUUUUUUCUUGUAUUUACCAAAGCAUAAUGUGAAGUAUUAAAAGGUUAAGAUCUUUUGAAAUUUAAAUUUGAAAGCUGAAUUAAUUUCCAGUGCUCUCAAAUUAUUUGAAGGACUAAAAGUCACAUGACCACUGAGGUUUAAACCAGACUUUCAGAAUUGUUUUGGCAGACAAUUUUAUGGCAGAAACAAACAUUUGAAAUGGACAAGUACCUUUGUAAACAUUCCAGAGAGCAAUACUUGUAGAUAUUUUGUGUAUUUAUCAGUUGUGUUGUACAAGUAGAAAUAGUUUCAGAAGUAAAAUCGGUGUACAGUCUUAGAUGUAUCCAAUAAUGAGAUCCCAGCUUCAGUGUGCUCUUUCAUCACUGUUUACUGUUUAGUAAGUCUACAGGUUCCACAAAAUGAUUUUUAAUGCAAAAAUCAGUGGAAUUCUUAACAUCUCGGAAACGGUGAAUCAAACUUUUUUAGGAAAAACUGAAGUACACAGUUGAUCCAAGAAAACUGACUGAUGCAGGAUUCGAACCUGUUACUUCCAGAAAACAGUACUGGUGUUCAACGGAGUAAUCUCUAUUCACAGGCUUUUAUAAAAACAACCUUUUGCACCACGACUAAGUGUAGUUAAAACAAAAGCUAUUGUUUUAUUUUACAGAUAAAAGAUGAAACGAGAUAACACAACCAUAUGGAGGAUACAUACAUUGCUAUAGAAAGUUUACUUUGAAAUUUUACUUUUUGAAAAAAACUUGUGAAUUUGUUUAUUUGCCAAAAAA